AUGUUGAGCGCCACGUUCUCCCUGUUGCACCGGAGAUUGUCUUCGCUCGGCUUCGAUGGGUGGGAUGCGGUGACGGAGGAGGACGUGUACUCAGGCGCUCCACACUGCUACGCGGAGUUGAUGCGUGCCAUUCUUUUCUCGUUCCCCCACGAUACGGCGGCGUUGAUGCGCAAGUACCCGUGGCUCUGCAUCGAGGGAGAAGACGGGGCCCUCGCGCAUUCUGUUUUGCGUCUGUUGUCUCUCGAGGGCAGCCGCAGGAUCGUCAUCAAAGCGACGCAGUUUGGGGAGAAGAAGUACGCGGCCGCGAAAAUGAAUAUUUGCAUAGAAUUGUUUGAUCUCUUGAGCCGCUUGUCUUGGCUCCGAGAAAACACACAUGGCACACGCGCCGCGGCGAGAAGGGCUGCGCUCGCACGUGCAAUUCCUUUUUAUCCAGCGGCCUGCGAUGCGUCGGCCUUUUUCUUAAAGGCGCGGCUGGGCGAACUCAAUGGAAGACGGAAGGCUCUCGAUCACCACCUUGACCGCGAAUAG